ACAUUCCAGAACACCUUCUCGAAUCACCAGAACUCUCUCGUCCUCAACUUGCUUGCCUAUAAUACCCCUCAUUUCUCUUAAUCCUUACUUCUCUCUGUAAUCACUGCUCCCAGAUCGCCAUUUCUUCGAAAACCAUCCCUAGCUUACUCUUGCGACUCCUGUCCUUCCUGAAGCUUUCCGUUCAUGGCCGAAGAAGCCAAAGCCAAAGGCAACGCCGCAUUCUCAGCCGGCGAUUAUGCGGGAGCCGUCAGACACUUCACUGAUGCUAUCUCGCUUGCCCCCUCUAACCACGUCCUCUACUCUAACCGAUCUGCAGCUCUUGCUUCGCUCCACAACUACGCUGACGCGCUAGCCGAUGCCAAGAAGACCGUCGAACUUAAGCCCGACUGGUCUAAAGGAUACUCCCGCCUUGGCGCGGCACACUUGGGAUUAAACCAAAUUCAGGAUGCUAUCGCAGCUUAUAAGAAGGGGCUGGAGAUUGAUCCCAACAAUGAAGCGUUGAAGUCCGGUUUGGCUGAUGCUCAGGCAGCUGCUUCCAGGUCGCGAUCCCCGCCGCCGCCCAAUCCCUUUGGGGAUGCGUUCUCUGGGCCGGAGAUGUGGGCGAAAUUGACAGCGGAUCCAACUACAAGGAUGUAUCUUCAGCAACCGGAUUUUGUCAAGAUGAUGCAGGAGAUUCAGAAGAAUCCUAACAAUUUGAAUAUUUACUUGAAAGAUCAGAGGGUGAUGCAAGCUUUGGGGGUUUUAUUGAAUGUGAAAUUCAGAGCACCAAAUGCUGGAGAAGAUAUGGAGGUGCCGGAGGCUGAAGCGCCGCCUCCUCAGCCGGAGAGAAAGCCAGAGCCGACAAAGGAGGAGAUGGUUUCUGAGCCGGAGCCAGAGCCAAUGGAGGUCUCAGAAGGGGAGAAAGAAGCGAAGGAGAGGAAAGCUCAAGCGGUGAAAGAGAAGGAGUUGGGGAAUGCAGCUUACAAAAAAAAGGAUUUCGAGACUGCAAUUGCGCAUUACACGAAGGCAAUGGAGCUUGACGACGAGGAUAUUUCAUAUUUGACAAAUCGUGCUGCUGUUUAUCUUGAGAUGGGCAAGUACGAGGAAUGUAUAGAAGACUGUGAUAAAGCUGUUGAGAGGGGUAGAGAACUUAGAUCAGACUUCAAGAUGAUUUCAAGAGCCUUGACAAGAAAGGGAACUACCUUGGUGAAAAUUGCAAAAUGCUCAAAAGACUAUGAUCUUGCCAUUGAGACAUUCCAGAAAGCUCUUACUGAGCACCGCAACCCAGACACAUUGAAGAAACUAAAUGAUGCGGAGAGGGCAAAGAAGGAACUUGAGCAACAAGAAUAUUUUGAUCCAAAGUUGGCUGAUGAGGAGCGUGAGAAAGGCAAUGAAUAUUUCAAGCAACAAAAGUAUCCAGAGGCUGUGAAACAUUAUACAGAAUCCUUGAGAAGAAACCCCAAAGAUCCUAAGGCAUACAGUAAUAGAGCUGCAUGUUACACUAAGUUGGGGGCUUUACCUGAGGGAUUAAAGGAUGCAGAGAAGUGUAUUGAGCUUGAUCCAACUUUUUCAAAGGGUUAUACAAGAAAAGGUGCCAUCCAAUUUUUCAUGAAAGAGUACGACAAGGCUCUGGAAACAUACCAGGAAGGUCUUAAACAUGAUCCUCAGAACCAGGAAUUGCUUGAUGGCGUGAGAAGAUGUGUGGAACAACUUAACAAGGCAAGCCGUGGUGAUAUAAGCCCAGAGGAAUUGAAAGAGAGACAGGCCAAGGCAAUGCAGGAUCCGGAGAUUCAGAACAUUCUAUCAGAUCCUGUCAUGAGACAGGUGUUGGUAGACUUCCAAGAAAAUCCCAAGGCAGCGCAGGAGCACAUGAAGAACCCCAUGGUGAUGAAUAAGAUUCAGAAGCUCGUCAAUGCAGGAAUAGUCCAGAUCCGAUAGAGUCAAGGCAAAGAACCGAUUCCAUUAUCGUGUAGUUUUUUCAUUGCUGAAAUGUAAUCUAGUGUGUGGAUUGUUUGAUAAAACUAUUCAAGUUGGAAAAAUUUUGAAUGUUUCUUUUUGUUAAAAUAUUCACGUUUAGAGAUGUUUUUUCUGUUUCA